GAUCUGCAGAUAUCAGAGGAAGAGGAUGACAAUGAAGGGAAAAUAAACCAAGAAGAUAGUAUUGAUGAUGUUGUUGUUUUGGAGAAUAUAGUAGAAAAAGAUGAAGAGGAAAGACAAGAAAUUGUAAGUACCACCAGUAUCAUUAUGUCUACAAAGGAUGAUAAUGAUAGCAAUGAUGGUGAUGAUCUAAUGGACCUGACAAAUAAUUUAAAUGAAUCAACAAAUACCAGAUGCUUUUACACAAAACCACCAAGGUACAGGCUGUAUAAUAUAGCUUUAAAUGAAAUCAGACGACAUCAAAGAACAACAAAUCUUCUUCUAAGAAGAAUACCUUUUUCUAGAGUAGUUGAAGAAAUUGCCACAAACAUAUUUCAACAACAUUCUAAUAUGGGAUUUGAGUUUGAAUCCACAGCCAUUACAGCACUUCAAGAAGCUGCUGAGACAUAUUUAAUUGAGUUGUUUCAGGAUGCAUAA